AUGGUAACCAAAAAUUAUAAUAUAUCAAAAAAUGUUAUAAGACAGAUAGGAAUAGGAGUGAAUAAAUCUAUUUGUUUUACAUUUAAAAAUAUAAAUAUAUUAGGAAAAUGCCAGAAAAUAUGUAUAAAACAUUUUUUGAUAUUUAAUAAAAUUCUGUUGUUAUUUAUUUUAGUAUGGAUAUUUCAAUAUAGUAAUGAAGAAUUUACCUGUAAAGGUAGUAGAUCAACAAAACAAGAUGAAGAGAAAGCAUCCUUAAGAUUUUAUAGAUUAUUAGCCCAAAGUUAUUUAUUUAAUUCCCGUUUGGAUGGAUCCUAUAAUUAUUCUAAUGCAGAAAAUGAAAGGAUGUUUAUGCGAAAUUAUAUGAAUGAUGGUUUGUUUAAAUCCCAAGCGUAUAAUGAAUCAGAAAAAAGAGAUAAUUUAAGAAAUAAUAUAUACAAUGAACAAAAUGAUUUUGCUAAAGAAGGAUAUUCGAGAGAAUAUGACAGCAAAUAUAACUCUGCAGAAUUUGGUACAUCUAGAAAGAAAAACGGUGGAAGAAAUCCAUUUAAUUAUCAAUCGAAUAAUGAAAAUAAUAAACCCGCUUCAUUUAUGAAUGAGGAUAUUUAUAAUAAAAAUUAUUAUAACGAAAGAGAAAAUAUAGAUGAAUUAAAUAAAAAGUUACAUGAUGAUUGGUCUAAGUUUUUAAAUGAAGAUUAUUCUAAUGAAUUUGAAAGUAAUAAUUUUAAUUCACCACAUUAUGAUACAUAUAAAUCACAAUAUGAUACGUACAAAUCAAAAUAUGAUACGUACAAAUCACCAUAUGAUACGUACAAAUCACAAUAUGAUAUAUAUAAAUCACAAUAUGAUGAUAGAAAUAAAUAUUCUUAUCCAUCAAGAGAAGCAAAUUAUGUACCUCCUUUUAUGGAUGAAAAUAUUAAUAGAUUAAAUAACAAUUAUAGGGAUGGAUUUGAUGACACUAAAAAAAAUAAUAUAAAUGAUGAUAAAGGAAUGAAUUUUGUAAGAGAUGAAUUUUACGAUGAAUAUAAUAAUAAUAUGAAUACAUCACCGGAAUAUUUGUUCUCACAAGAAUGGGAUAAUGAAAAUACACAUGAUGGAUUUUCAUCAGGAUGGAAUAAUUACAACAGUGAAAAUAGUGAUCAUAAAGAUCAAAUAAAGGUUGAAACGCCAUAUAUUAGGGUAGUUGAAGAAAUAGAUGAUGAAUCAAAUAAUAAAAGAGAUAAUUAUGAUAUGUUAAAUAAAGAUUCAUCAUGUAAUAGAAAUGAAAAAAUGGAAUACUAUUUCCAAUCAGAUAAAUUUCCAGUUGAUUGUAAAGGCAUGUAUACGAAUUCUAAUAUAGUAGUAGAAGAAUAUGAUACUCCUGUUGAUUUAAAAGAAACCAAUAAUAAUUUUUAUUCAUUUAAUGAAAAAUUAAAUAAUGAGAGACCAAAAAAAUAUAUGCCAGAAGAUAAAGAAUUUAUAAAUGAAAUAGGACAUAUGUCAUCAACAUGGUCAAAUUCGUCGUCAUCACAUUCUUCGUCAUCAUAUUCUCCGUCAUCACAUUCUUCGUCAUCACAUUUUGCGUCAUCACAUUCUUCGUCAUCACAUUCUCCGUCAUCACAUUUUUCGUCAUCACAUUCUCCGCCAUCACAGUCUUCGUCAUCACAUUCUCCGCCAUCACAUUCUCCCCCAUCACAUUCUUCGUCAUCACAUUCUCCGCCAUCACAUUCUCCGCCAUCACAUUUUCCGUCACCACACUCACAACCCUCGUUUAUACCAGAAACGUUUCAAGAAUCCAAUGUUGAAUCACCAGAAUUUCAAUUACCGACUUUUGAAUCAGCACCUGUUCAUAUAUCAGAAUAUGAACUACCGAAUUUUGAUUUAUUAGAAUAUGAUUUACCACAUUUUGAUCCAUCAGAAUUUAGACCUGAAAUUUUUGAUGAAUCAGAAUUUAAAACUGAAAUUUUUGAUGAAUCAGAAUUUAGACCCGAAAUUUUUGAUGAAUCAGAAUUUAGACCCGAAAUUUUUGAUGAAUCAGAAUUUAAACCAUCAGUUUUUGAUCCGUCCGAAUAUAAAAAUUCAACAUUUAAAGAAUCAAAAUUUUCAACAUCAUCACAUUCAACACGAUCUUAUGAGAAUGAAUUUAACUUAAGUAGUGAUAGAAGAAAUAGUGAAUCGUCUUCUAGAAUACACGUUGAUGAUGAAAAUUAUAAACGUUUGAAAGAUAUAUUAAGUAACUUAUGUUCAAGUAGGGAAAAAAUAUAUGAUCUUAGUAAAGAAGAGAAAGAAUUCCUUGUAAAAAUGCUAAAAUUAGAUUAUGAAGAUUUUAAUUUUAAUUCUAGAGGAAACACACGUAAUUAUAAUGAUUCAUCACCAUUCACAAAUUUUGAAUUAAAACGAAUACAUUUAAAAAUAAAAGCAUUUAUAUACAAAUGUCUUUUACGUUUAUUACAAUCUUAUGAAAAAACAACUGAAAAUCAUGUAGGCAGUAAUAUAUAUGAUAUAUUUUAG